AGAAGAUCUCCUCCACGCAGCUUCUGCACGAUACUACCACUACUAGUCUGCUUACCACGACGAGGAAAAACGACAAACUCGUGGAGGCGGCGCAGAAGAAACUUGCUAUCUGGAAGGAAACCGGUAAAAUGGGGGCAAACUCCACUUUCUUCCCGCCGCACAGUCAGACUGGGGAGGCGCCACGUCAUGAGAGACAAGAGGAGAGUCCAGAUUUCCGAGAAAGACAACAAGUGGCAACGCCGACGGUCGUGGAGAGGCCGGAACCCCUGCAGACGCCGUGGUCGAUUUCGAAAGGAUUACGCAGGCAUCCGCAUUCUGCGCUCGAGGAUGGUACGUCACUGUCAGUAAAGCGGCUUGCCCGUGGAAAUGAAGCAUCAUCUUUGCGCGACACGCAGCUCCCGGCAACCACGGUCCUCGCGGCCUCUGUUUCGCAUGGCGGGACUCCUCCCUCCAGUGCAGACAACGACGCGACUCCUCCUAGUGCUCUACCCGAAAUAAAGGCCCCGGCAGAGUCCGUCGAUAAUCAGGAGCAGUCCCUGUUCUUCACGAAAUCGAUGGUCGAUGAAUCCUACCGCCGCGGGCGGGAGGCGCUGCUGGGAGGAACAACAGUUUUUGACGUGGAGGGGCUGCAGGGUGGAGUCGUUGCCAGCGCGACUGACGACUACGGUUUUAUGUCGGGGACCGGUUGCCCUCGUUCUGCAACGAAACUCUGUUCCGCACGAAGUUUCGUAUCGCUGCGCGACCAAGCAGAGAAAAACCUGGAGUUUCUAGGCCUCAUUCUUUUCCGGAACGAGCUGAAGCCUGAUUCCGCGGACGCGAUCGG